GUGCUUCUAAAUUUUUUAAUUUUUAUUGCUUUUAAAGUUUAAAAUUUAUAUCGAUGAGUGUCAGAUUAGUAGAAAUAAUUAAAGUGUUGCAUCUUUCUUCUUUGAGAUAGUCGAUCCGGAAGAUACUAGUUGGCACUUAUGGUGGUGCGAGACGGGAGAUUCACUGCGACAGGCGCUGGACGGCGACCGGAAGCUGCGCCCUUACCAGCGGGUACCACACUUCCGUAACCACUAUGAGCUCACGCGGAAGAAUUACCUCUACCGCAAUUUCAAGCGCUAUAGAAAGGCCCUUAUAAGGGCUGGAAAAACUGCCGAGGCUCGCAUCAGCGAUUCCAUGCCUGUGACCUUCGAGCUACCUAGCGACUACCGGAUGUUCGUCGAAGAAUAUCACAAGCAACAAGGAGCCACAUGGAUCGUCAAACCUGUAGCGAGAUCGCGAGGCAAGGGUAUCUUUCUAUUCAGGAAGUUAAAGGAUCUCGUGGAGUGGAAAAACAAAGGGACCAAAUCACAGCAAUCGGGAAUCCCAACUGAGAUUUAUGUCGUUCAGAAAUACAUAGAUAAUCCAUAUCUUGUCGCAGGUUAAAAUUCAGAUAUUUAAAUCUUCAGUAUCGAUACAAUCAAUAAUUUAAAUAUAUUGAUUAAUAAUUAUAAUUUCAACAAUCCGAAACAAAUCGA